AGUAGUGGUGUAGUGCGUGGCUUAAACAUACUGGUGCUCAACAAAAAUAUAGCCCAAUUUUUGGCCAUACCGUAUGCCGAGGCACCUGUCGGUGAAUUACGAUUCGCUAAACCCUUACCCAUUGUAUCCAAAAAUAAGGAUAUAAUUGACGGAACUAAGCCUGGUCAUUCAUGCUAUCAACCUGAAAGUCCACAAUACGGCGACUUUUUUGCUGGCUUAAAUUUCAACGAAGAUUGCUUAGUAUUAAACAUAUGGACACAAACUCAAUUACUAAAACAAAAUGACCAAGAUAGUAGUUCACUUAAGCCGGUAAUGUUUUGGAUACACGGCGGGGGUCUGACUAUAGGCUCCAUAUUCCAGUCCCUAUACAACGCCAGUAUAUUAGCCACGUAUGAUGUGGUGGUAGUGUCAGUCAAUUAUCGCCUUGGUCAGUUGGGAUUUUUGUAUGGCGGUGAUGGUACUACAGCACCGGGCAAUGUUGGUUUUUAUGAUCAACUAUUAGCACUUAAAUGGGUUCGCGAAAACAUUCACUCAUUUGGUGGGGAUAGGGAUCGGAUCACUAUAUUCGGUGAGAGCGCCGGCAGUUGGUCCGUAUCGGCUCACAUACUGUCCCCACUAUCACAGGGACUGUUCCGGAGGGCUAUUAUGUCAAGCGGUGCUCAUAUGUAUAAUAAGGAUAGGGAUGUGAUCAGCAAAGGGGAGGCCAUAGAGAAUGGCAAACGUAUGGCACGAGAACUCAAUUGUAGUGAUGGGACAGACAUGUGGUUGAAGUGUCUGAGAGGUGUAGACCCGGGGCUGUUGGUCAGGGAUACCAAAGCCCUGACAUUCCCGGUGUUGGGCACAGAGUUUCUGCCCGUUUCAGCGGAACAGGCGUUUCGAGACAAACGGUUUAAUUCAGAUAUCGAUAUACUAUCUGGAAUCACAAAGGACGAGGGUCAUAUGUUAGCCAUACUAUCAUAUCCACAGAUAUUAUCCGCAAAUUUCACGACAAAUGCGUUCAACACAGCACUCAACCAAAUGAAUGAAGUCUUUCAUAACAUACACAUUGAGACAGUCAGUGAAUAUUACUUGAAAAACAUAGACCCGGAUAACUCACACGAAGUGAGCAGGGCAUUUUCAAAGUUAUACGGUGACCUGUUUAUGAUAUGUCCUACCUACUUAUUUACUAAGCAAUUUGCUAUGAACUCAAACCGGGAUGCAUAUUUCUACAUGCUAACAUACCAAAGCAAUAUAUUUAGUAGUUUAAACUGGGAUGACCAUGGUGAUGUUGUUCACGGGGCUGACAUGGCCUUUGUGUUCGGACACCCGCUCCGGGAUCCCAAGUCUUACACGGAAACGGACUAUGAUUUCAGUAUAGAUGUGAUGCAAAUGUGGACUAAUUUUGCCACAAAUGGUAAACCUCAUAACGAUUGGCCAAACUUUAUGGACAGGGAUUCGGAUAAUUUGGUGUCAAAUGUAAAGGAUUUAAACCCCGACCAGAGGUCACUUUAUUAA